UUCAAGUUUAUCAUUUUCGACAAUCACAUCCAUCGCCGCCGCUGUCGUCGCAAUGGUGAAGUUUCUAAAACCGAACAAGGCCGUGAUCGUCCUCCAAGGCCGAUACGCCGGUCGCAAAGCCGUGAUCGUUAGGUCCUUUGACGAAGGCACACGCGACCGCCCUUACGGCCAUUGUUUGGUUGCCGGGAUAAAGAAGUACCCGAGCAAAGUCAUCCGCAAGGACUCGGCCAAGAAAACGGCGAAGAAAUCGCGCGUGAAAUGCUUCGUCAAGCUAGUGAAUUACCAGCACCUGAUGCCCACGCGCUACACCCUCGACGUGGAUUUGAAAGACGUGGUCAACGCCGAUGCUCUCCAGACCAAGGACAAGAAAGUGGCGGCUUGUAAGGCCACUAAAGAGAGGUUUCAAGAGAGGUUCAAGACGGGGAAGAACAGGUGGUUCUUUACUAAACUUAGGUUUUGAAUGGUUCAUUCUAAUGGUGUUAAAGCUUUUUAUGUAGUUUCUUUAACAUUUUGGAUUUGAAUUUUGAGUCUGUUGUGCAAUGAGAUAUUUUCUGGGUUUCUUAUUGAUUUUUCUCGUAUCUGUUACAAAUUCAUAUAAUUAUCUGAGUGGUUUAUUGAUUUCAA